CCUAGCUCUCCCUUUUCAUUCGACAUUGAUUUCACCUUCAAUGGAGGAAAGAAAAGGAGAUGUUAGAGUCUCUAUCAUCUCAGCGGUCUUCUUCACCUGCAUUGUGGCUGGAGCAGUCUUUCUUUUCCUUUACAUGCUUCUACCAGGUAAAAAAGUCAAGCUAUGGUAUCCCAUUGUGGGUUUGAUACUUGUGGCCGUUCCAUGGCUUUUCUGGACCGUGACAUGCGCCUACAGGUGCCUCAAGCCAGGAGAUAGCUGCACACAAAUCGAUGGCAGUGGCCGGUAUGACAAGGCAGAUGCAGGUGGAGGAGGAGGAGGAAGCAGCCACACAGCCACCACGGCCCCAGCCUCCAGCAGUGUAGCAAUGAUUGCCAAUGCAUCAUCAGCUGCAGGGUCCCCUGUGAAUUCCCCAAGCGGCAAUCAGCGCCAUGUGCAGUUUGCCGGGGUUGUUGUGAUGGGAGGUAAUGAUGGAAAUGGAGGCCAAACCCAAAAGGCACCUGAGGCAGCUGCUGCACAAUAUCAAGCCAUAGAUGUGGAGGAUCACAGUAGGACAAAUGGCUCAAUUGCUUCUACAGAAAGUGAAAUGCCAUUGAGAUUAAUGGUUUGAUUUUGAUAAUUUUAUUGACAUAAAUUGUCAAUUUUGGUGGUGAUUAAUGGAUGAUUUGUAGAUAUCCUUCAAGGAGGACUAGUUUACUGGGGUGCGACCAUUUGAAUUUCUCAUUGCAAGAACAAAUGGCAUCAAUGAAGCAAUGAAAGGCAUGAAUCAUAUGCUAAUUUUUCUUGCAAGAACAAGGAAAAAAAGCUCGAGACAGACAGAGGGAGAGAAAGAUUGAUUAUAUAGAUGGGAGAUGAUUAAUGGGGAAGUCUGGUGUGAUCUUCAAUCAUGACUGCAGCAAAGGGAUUGAGAUGAAAUGAUUUCAAGGUAAAUUGCAACAACAUGAUAUUUGUGUUUAGUAGCAUGAUGGCAAUUAAAAGUGAGACUAACUAAAGCUGUUUAGAUUAAUUGCUCCUGUUGUAUGUUGUAAUAUGGUUUCUCAAGCUUCAUAAUAUA